AUGGCGUCAGUGAGCCGGGUGCCCGAGUUUGAUGCGGCAGUGGAGUCGUUCGGCGCGUACAGCAGGCGUCUCGAACAGCACUUUGUCGCCAACAGCGUCGGUGAAGAUGAAGUCGAGAAGCGCCGCGCCAUACUGCUGAGCGCGGUUGGCGCCAGCACCUUCAGCCUCCUGGAGGACCUCAUAGCUCCAGCCGCAGUGGGAGACAAAACGUUCAAGGAGCUUGUGAAGAUAUUGGUCGACCACUUUGAACCGCAACAAUCUGCAAUUGUCUCCAGAUUUCGGUUUCACUCCUGCACUCGCGAUGCUGGAGAGUCAGUGUCGUCGUUUUCGGCGAGGCUCCGCAAGCUUGCGAAGCCCUGCAAGUUUCAGCCAGGCCAGCUGGACGAGAUGCUUCGUGACCGACUGGUUUGCGGUAUUCAGCAUGAGCGGCUGCAAUCACGUCUGCUGAGCGAGCCGCGGCUGACUCUGGACACGGCUCUGGAGAUCGCUCAGGCCCACGAGUCGGCAGCAGCCAGUGCAGCCGAGCUCAGCGGCCGCUCCGAGUCGUCUGCCGUCAUCGGACGAGUCGAUGGGACACCACGGAGGAUGGUGAACGACAGCCGACCAGCCCUGGUGAACGACAGCCGACCAGCCCUGGUGAACGACAGUCGGCGAGCACUGGUGAACGACAGCCGGCGAGCACUGGUGAACGACAAUCGGCGUCCCCUGGACACCGGCGGGGCUGCCUCCCGCGCUCCGCCGGCGCGGGGUGCCUGCAGCCGCUGUCUCAGCCGACGGCACGUCCCGGCGGCCUGCCCCUUCCGCUCGCAGAACUGUUAUGCGUGCGGAGCCGUGGGCCACACCAGAGCGGCCUGCCGGAGCCGCGCCGAGUCUCAGCGUGUCCGGCUGCUGGAGGAGGAGGAGCAGCCGGAGCCGUCCGUGACGCCUGGGACUUCUCAGAGUGGCGCGGCGCCCCACAAUGACGCGAUGGUUUGGGGUGCUAUCGUGGCGCUGAGGUGACCAUUUCGGUGGAUCCCGAUGUGAAGCCGAGAUUCUUCAAAGCUCGCACAGUCCCACUGGCAUUCCGCGAGCAGGUGGAUGCCGAGCUGGAGAAACAGAUCCAGCAAGGACUGUGGGAGCCGGUGGAGCACAUUGCAGGAUGGGAGAGUGAUCUGGAGGCAUCUGGAUCGGGUCCGGCCGCGCCGGACUAUGGCCGACGUACCGCCGCCGACCGCUGGACGGGCGCUGGACCUGGAUCGGACGCGGCGGGACCUGUUUGAUGCCGACGUACCGCCGAGGGCCGGACUGACGGCUCGGGCGGUGGCCCCGGCUGUUCCGGACGGGUCACCGUCGGUCCCGGCGGGCGGACCGCCGCCGGCGCCGCGAUACAAUCUGCGUCCGCGAGAGACGUUACGGCGGCCGGACCGGCUGUUGUGUGAGUGAAGUGUGUGAGCUCUCCGUGCCUGAUAUCGUUAAAAGUGACCAGAGUUUUGUUGUUACGUUAGUUGUGAUUAUGUUAUAUUGCGGGGUGGAGGGAUGUCAUAACCGGCUCUCGCCUCUACCGGCGGCCUCCCUCCCUCUCUCCCUCGCAUACUGGUCACCCCUCUCGUCCCAGUGGACUCGCCCGGUGCCUCGGGCAGUAUCUGUGACACGACCUCGGGUGAGCGGCCGGGAAGCAAUACAGUUUUGAACGGGACGCCGUGCUGUCUACUUCACUAUUGUUGCCCGACACCACCAGUAAGAUAUCAUUUUUUUAUAAGAAAUGUCCACAGACAUCGAUAGACUCACCGUUUCUGGUAGAGAAGCUACCAAUCGCUGUACCCACUCGCCAACUGCGUACUCAGGCCCUGUUCGCUGUUUCAUUUGCACGCAUUGAAACGGUUCGUUCCUGCGCCUUUAACCGCAUACCAGAGGCAUGCAACGCUUUUCUUCUUUUCUUGAUGUGAACAGAGAUGUGGAUGUCUGGGAGAGCGGCGCAGUGGAAUUCAGAACUAGAGUGAAACGGCAUGUGAUGGGAGUCUGACAGAUGACGGUAUUCCUGUAACCAUUUCUGGCAGGUCCCGAGUCAAGAGAUUUUACUGUGUUGCGAUUGUUUUUUCUGUGUUGUGUCAUGUGUAUGGCUAUUUAUUGAAUUUUAUGAAAAGACUGCUCCUGUUACUGGGUAUCUGCCCGUUGGUGUUAAAUAAAAAUAAACAAUAACAA